CAUCUACUUUUAACACAAUGAUAUCGCGGCGACGAGAGAUCAAGUUCGCGCUGAUCGUGGCUUCGCAGCUGCUCCUCUUCGGGCUGUUCUUGUUGUAUGCGCCGCUCCAUGAGGGCGGUUUACUCAGCGAUCAUCUGCCGUCCUCCAGCUCGCUUCGUCGCUGCAUCUCCAGCGCGCACCGCGACGCUCGCUACGUCAAACCUGGAAUGUGUGUCACUGCGGAUCAACGGCUGCAUGCUCUGGAAGAUCUUGUAUACGCGCUGAAGGUCAUGUUAGAGAACGCUAAUGUGGUGUAUUGGGUCGAUAGCGGCACCUUGUUGGGGAUCUACAGAGCGCGGCAGCUUGUGCCGUGGGACUACAAUGCCGAUGUGGGUGUAACCAUGGCUGGGUUGGAGUAUCUACGCACCACUAAUAAGGGAAAGUUAGAGGUGCCAGAUGGAUAUGAGCUUACAGUGUUUAAUAGCUCACUGUACGAGGCUGGAGAAACGUCGACAGCCGUACCAGUGAGGUUUGUCGACACCAAGUUCGGAUUUUAUGCCAAUAUUUUCGCGUUUAAGGAGUUUGAGGGACUAUUUAAGGACGAUGUGAGGCCUGCAACUGCGCCAGAGGUGGAGGAGGAAGUCGUGGGAAAUGGAGUUGUUGUUGAGAGCCUUAUCGGACCAGAACCUUCCGAGAUCUGGCAACGAUGUGUGCACUGUCCCGCCGUUGGGGAGGACGAGGAUAGCGAAGUGACUAGGGCGCCGAAUGCUACGGUGGCCAAGCACUUUAGAGUGCCAAGAGAUUGGAUCUUCCCACUCAGGAUGUGUAAGCUGGAGCUGUUUGAAGUGAUGUGUCCAGCUCAAAUGGCACCGUACCUGAUGUUCAUCUUUGGGAAUAGGUUCUUGACUCCGGAACUGUGGGAGUAAACCAACAUUGUCGCCCUUGCAAUAGCAUAUUUUGGUACCGUCUCUCAUCUUCGUGUACGUGCUGAUCGUGGCCUUCGAAAUGCUCAAGUUGGAAAUCAUGACGGUCAAAGUGAUUAGCGACUGGAGCGAAGCUGUAACAUUUCGCUACGCUGCAAUUGAGUAAAGAAAAUGUGAUACCGAGCGCUCAACUGCCAGGUCGGCGUGGCCAACUCACUACAACAGUUGAAACGGAAGUUCAGGAUUCACAUUGUGUCAUUUGCUGCGCUUCUAAUUGCCAGUACUUGUUACCGGCCUCUGGAUAUGCUUCGAGCAUCUUCAUUUUACCACAAGCGACGCUCACGCGGAGGGUAUACAGUGGAUGUGCCAAUGUACGCAGUCUGAUGGGAUCAUGGUGCAGCACAUAUUCCGCUCUUACAUUCGGUCGUCUCGUACCCGAUGCAGUAGCCACUAAACUCUCGGGGCCGACUGUGUCGCCACUGAUGUACUAGUGCCAUUGAUGGAAAUCUGAAUGUAAUGCCAUUGUAUUUUUGAUGUUAUACCAACAAACGCAACGUUCGUUCCAAGAUGGUCAGUACUGUAUAGACCAGA